AUGGUCGAUCCAGAACCCACUGGGACGUCCACCCACACCCAAAACCUAAAGUUUACAGAGACAUUCACAGAUGUCUCAAACCCUUUUACUCUAUAUUCCUCAGAUCAACCUGGGAAUAUUCUAGUCUCCAAAACACUUCAAGGAGACAACUAUAGUACCUGGAGUCGUGCUAUGCGAGUCAGCUUGAGCGCGAAGAAUAAACUUGGCAUGGUUGAUGGCACCAUCGACCCUCCACCAGAGACUGACAAACAAUUUGCAUCAUGGCAAAGAUGCAAUGAUAUGGUCCUUGCCUGGAUUCUCAAUUCGGUCCACGAAGACAUUGCAAGCAGCGUUUCUUAUUACACGACAGCAGCCGAGGUUUGGGCCGACUUGCGAGAUCGUUUCUCACAAGGAAACGACUCACGUAUUUAUCAAAUCAAGAGAGAGAUCGUUGAACACAGACAGGAACAGCAAUCAGUCUCGAUCUACUACACGAAACUAAAAGCUUUGUGGGAUGAACUGGCAUCCUACAAUGACAUCCCGACUUGCACCUGUGGGGGAUUGAAAAAGGUGAGUGAUCGGGAUGAGAAAGAAAGGGUGAUGCAGUUCCUGAUGGGUUUGAACGACUCUUAUGCAGCAGUACGUGGCCAGAUACUAUUGAUGCAGCCACUACCAGACACUCGGAAGGCAUACUCCCUUGUUCACCAACAAGAGAAACAAGUAGAGGUAUCUCUGAAUGGUAACAAUAUAAAUUUACAUGCCAUGAAUGUAACUCAUAACAGGGAAGCUGCUGCACCGAAAGGAAACACCCUACAAUGUUCAUAUUGUGAUCAAAAAUACCACACCGUGGAUCGAUGCUUUUAUCUGAUUGGUUUCCCGCCUGGCCAUAAGUAUCAUGGCAAGUCAGCCAAGCCACCAAACAAAAGAAAACCUGCGGCAAACCAAGUGCAAGUGGAAACCGAGACCACCAAGGGCGCUGACUCACGACACAAGGCAACGUCCAGUGACGGUCCGAAGUUCACCACUGAAGAAUAUAAUCAACUCAUGGCAAUGCUCAAGAAGAGCAGCCUCGAUGGUAAUCCUCAACAUUUUGUGAAUGCAACAGGACAUGGAUACGAGGAGGACGAUUGGCCUGGGCAAGCGAUAUAA